AUGGAUAAUGAUGGAUCGUUUUUCGUUGGAAGUUUACCAGCUGAAGUUGUACGACGUGUGAAUGCACUCCGAAAUAUUCAAGCAGAACAUCAUAAAAUCGAAGCAAGCUUUUUUGAAGAAGUUCAUGCACUUGAAUGUCGUUAUUUAAGCAAAUAUCAGCCACUUUACGAAAAAGUACGAACGAAAAGUCUAAUGAGAACAAUCAGACGAACAUGA